GCGGUGACGGCGGCGGCGGCGGCGGCGGGGACGCGGCUGGCGCGGGCACCAUGAACUCGCUGUAACGCGCAGACUGCGCGGCGCGGUGGGCGGGGGGAGGAGGAGGCCGCCGCGGUGAAGUUCUCCGCCAUGAACCUGAGGGGCCUCUUCCAGGACUUCAACCCGAGUAAAUUCCUCAUCUAUGCCUGUCUGCUGCUGUUCUCUGUGCUGCUGGCCCUUCGUCUGGAUGGCAUCAUUCAGUGGAGUUACUGGGCUGUCUUUGCACCAAUAUGGCUGUGGAAGUUAAUGGUCAUUGUUGGAGCCUCAGUUGGAACCGGAGUCUGGGCACGAAAUCCCCAAUAUCGAGCAGAAGGAGAAACGUGUGUGGAGUUUAAAGCCAUGCUAAUUGCAGUGGGCAUCCACUUGCUCCUGUUGAUGUUCGAAGUGCUGGUCUGUGACAGGAUCGAGCGAGGCAACCAUUUCUGGCUCCUGGUCUUCAUGCCGCUGUUUUUUGUUUCCCCGGUUUCUGUUGCAGCUUGUGUUUGGGGCUUUCGACAUGACAGGUCACUGGAGUUAGAAAUCCUGUGUUCUGUCAACAUUCUCCAGUUCAUAUUCAUUGCCUUAAGGCUGGACAAGAUCAUCCACUGGCCCUGGCUUGUCGUGUGUGUCCCCCUGUGGAUUCUCAUGUCCUUUCUGUGCCUGGUGGUCCUCUAUUACAUUGUGUGGUCUGUCCUGUUCCUGCGCUCCAUGGAUGUGAUUGCAGAACAGCGAAGGACACACAUAACAAUGGCACUGAGCUGGAUGACCAUUGUUGUGCCUCUACUUACUUUUGAGAUCCUGCUGGUUCACAAACUGGAUGGCCACAAUGCAUUCUCCUGUAUCCCAAUAUUUGUCCCCCUUUGGCUUUCCUUGGUCACUCUGAUGGCAACCACAUUUGGACAAAAGGGAGGAAAUCACUGGUGGUUUGGUAUUCGCAAGGAUUUCUGUCAGUUUCUGCUUGAACUCUUCCCAUUUUUGAGAGAAUAUGGAAACAUUUCCUAUGACCUCCAUCAUGAAGACAACGAAGAAACCGAAGAAACCCCUGUCCCAGAACCUCCUAAAAUUGCUCCUCUGUUUCGAAAGAAGACCAGGGUAGUUAUCACCCAAAGCCCUGGGAAGUAUGUCCUCCCACCUCCCAAAUUAAACAUCGAAAUGCCAGAUUAGACAGCACUUCCUGGGGCAGAACGCAAGUGCACUGGGACGCACGUGCUGCCGUACCUUCCUCUGCCUCUUUGUUCACUCCCCCAGAACUGGAACUGGAGCUGGGUCUCCGGGUACUUCCAUCUCAUGCCUUGUUUGCACUCAAUGCCUACCAGUGACUCACUACAACAGGACACACAGGUGGCAGGUGACAGGAACACAUGGUGUGGUGUAGAGUGUGUCAGCGGAUGUGGAUGCAAUGGAGGGAGCGUGUGGUAUGUAAAGAGGGGGAAAAGAAGCGAGCAGGCUCAGACCCAUCAGGGAUGGCUGAUUAGUUCAGAGGAGAAAUGUCUACAGAGCUGGUUUUCAAAGUGCUAAAAUUCCUAUCAAAAGUGUUACCUGAAAAUGUAAUUUUAAAUUGGGCCAGCCUCAUCGCAUAGCUCAGAUUCUCCUGUUGUGGCGUGCUCGGUAGGGACUGUGACUACGCCUCUCGCAGCACGUGGAUAUCCACUCCGUUAUCACAGUUCAUGUUCCUGCUGUGGAAGUACUUCCUCUUUGGGCAUGCUGACAGCAGUUUUUAAUUGCCUCAUUGGGGAGCUCUUUCUAAUGGAGUAACUCCGUGCCUGUAUAGUAUUUAUACAAAUAUUUUAGCAUUGUAAUAUACCGUGUUAAAUCCUAGUUCUGUACAGUAUAUUCUGUUAAAGUAUUUUUUUACAAGCUUGUACUGGAGACAUAUGUGUUCUGUUGCAGAAGUAGAACUCGGUGGCAUACCUGUCCUGCCCAUUGCAGUGCCACCCCUUAAUGGGACAUUGCUAUUUCCCCAUGAAUUUCUCCACAUCCAUAGUAGCUGCUACUGCCAGAACAGCCACAAUAAGCAAGAAAUGGUCUGUGUUUUUCUAACAUUCUGGGACUAUUGACAUGCCAGAAAACUAUAAAGCAUGACCUGAAACUGGAACAAUGGAGGAAGUUGCUGAGACUAGAAACAGCCAAUGGAAUUAUGUAUAUGUGAAGAUCUGAGGGUUUUUGUCUGCUCCCAACAAGCAUGUUCUGGCUGGGCCCAUGUUUUUACCUAGGAAUGCAGUUGCUCCAAGAGCUGCUGGUGUAACCAUAAGUCAAAGGGAAAGAAAGCAGAUCCAACAAGAUAACAGCCUUCUACGUGGAAACAAGUAGGCCAUUUGUAAAAAGGUGGGGGGGAAGGAGUGCUGACAUUCUUACCAGGAAGAGUGGAGGGUUUUAAGGCAGGCAAUUGCUAACUUGUCUGAACCAGACUCCGCUGACGUCCAACACGUACAUGACAGCAGCCUGGCCCUGGCCCCCAGCAAGCCUGUUCUGUCUGGGAGAAGGGAGACAUUUGGAAUGCUGUAGGCUUUCCUGCCUGUUGUGUAACAAAUGUAGCUCAAUCCACAGUUUUUGCUCCCUUUAGUUGUUCAAUAAACUGGCUCCUCAUUUUCCA